CCUCACUCCGCGCUGUCGCCAACGCGGCCUCACAGACAAGUAAACAACGUCGUUUACAACAACAAGAACAACAACAACAAGAACAAAGCAGACGCGUGAUUUAUACGAAGUGGCGGUAACGUUAAAAUUUAACUCGUGAAGUGGCUUCACUGCAGUUGCGUUAAAGUCAUCGACGUCGUCAUACGCCGAGUCGAUAGGUGUCGGCACAAUCAGCUUGAACAUCGCUUCAAUUAAGCACGCAGUCGCGUAAUUACCGUCACCACCACCAACCACCCACAUCACCGCCAACACAUUAACAUCAUCGACACCAUAAUUGUCACACACUAAUCACCGUCGUCAUUAUCACCUGCGAUAAGCAGCAUCAACACCACCACCACCGCGAUAUUUACCACUGAUAGCAUCAUCACCGCCACCAUCAGCACAUACAAGUCGGCGCUUGAUCACCAUCAUCACCAUCACCACCUCAUCACCAUCAUCACCGUCACGAGGAGGACUGGGCCCUCUGCUGAUGUCUGCCAGAGUUUGCUUCGAGGCCGGGCCAGGGGUAGGCACCGCCACGCAGGCGGGGCAAGGGAACGGAAAACAACAACAACCGGGACAUGGACAACAACAACAACAGCAGCAGCAGCAGCAACAACAACAACCGGUCCUCCCUGGUGGAGGCGCAGCGCCGCCCACGAUGCCUCCGGGGCGGCGGGCGGGCAGCAAGGUGACCGUCAAGUACAACCGCAAGGAGCUGCAGAAGAGGCUCGACCUGGAGGAGUGGAUCGACGAGCGGCUGCACCUCCUCUACGACUGCGACGAGGAGGAGAUGCCUGAACUGGAGAUAGACAUUGACCAGCUGCUGGAUAUGAACACGGAUGAGGAGAGAGCUGAGCAGUUACGGGAGAUUUUACAAGAGUGUUGCAGCAGUUCAGAGGAAUUUGUUUUGGAGCUGCUGUCCAGAAUAAAAGGGAUGAAAAAACUGAGUACUAACAAAAAAUAAAGACCUGGCUCUUGGCCGUGCAGUGGAACAAGCUACUCCUCUCCAUGGCGGCCACCUGUAAAAAAAGAUGCUCGAAAAUUUGUAUUUAAAGAGAAAAGACAAACAAAAAAACCCCUAAAUUGGAUAUUUAAAAAAAUCACAGGGAAAACUUUGGUACACUUUGAGAGCAGAUAUUAUUUUGCACACUGCUAGCCAUGAAGGCACAUUUGUAGUAAAGUAGUUUUAAGAUACACUCCAGGAAUAUAUAGUGUGCGGGUUAAGUUUAUUGGCAUUUGCGACUUUUAAAGGCACAUGCCUUUCGCGAUCGUAAUAGUGAAGUUUUUGGAAUUUUUUUCCUUAUGGUUCAUUAAAGCGUCAGACGUGUGCAUUUUUUACCAUCAUGGCGUAACUUUUUUACAUUCAUGUUAGACGGUUGCAUUUGAAUGUUCAGUCAUUACACUGUUACCUUUUAAUGUUUUGCAGCUUAUUCUCAUUCAGUGUAAGUUUGUAAAACCUAUGCGUUUUUGUUUUCAUGUGUCCACACACAUGGAGAUUGUACAAUUGUUUUACAUGUGUGGGUGUCUGUGUGUGUAUCGUGUAGUUUAAUGCUUGGGAUUUUAAGCAAAAUAAUGCAGUUUAUACACGUGUAUACAAACAGAUGUGACAGCCUUCUGUUUUGCUGUUGUUGAUGGCUUUAUUUUUCUAUGCUUCGAUUAAGUUUUUGCACGUGACAAUGUUCACAUUUUUUGGCGGUAACAUUCUUCUUAUUUUUAAAACGUCCUUUAUUGCAUGCAAUGAAGUUAUAUAACUUGCAUUUUUUUCUUUUAACCUAUCUAUGUGACUUUACCGAAAGACCCAAGAAUUCGAAAAAAACAAUUAAUCCCCUAAGCACAUUACUUGGAGUGUAAACAGUUGUUUGGCGUCAUUGUCGCAGCAGGAAUAUUUUUUUACACCACUUUUCUUUUUUAAACGCGCACACAUUGGGAAAUGUGGUAUUUUGUUACACACAGUCAUAUCACUGGCUUUCAACAUCAGGGGACUUUGUGUUUUUUUUGUACUGUAUAUUGUAUUUUCAUUGGACAUUGUUCUACACAACAAACAUCGUAAAUGUAAUAUUUCGGUGCUUGUGGAGAUCGCCUUCCAUGCCUGAAACGAGCACACCGGGUUAAAUGGCGUGCUAGUGCCUACUUAACCGAUUGGUUAGUAGAUUGAUUGGCACUUGUGUUUAACGUCGUCUCGAAUUUUUUGCGCGUCUUAUAACCGAUUUAGUCCGUGAAAUCCGGUUGGCUUGUUGCGCUGGCAAGAAAACUGUUAAAGCUGACUGCCAAUAAUUGUAUUGGUUCAAUUAUAUUUUACACUUGUGCUUUUAAACAAAAAGUAUUCCUUGCAGUAUUAAUGCUGAUACUGUCCGAGAAAUAAAUGAGGAGUUUCCACUUACAACCAUCUGCAGUGGCGUUGGAAGGUGGUGUGCAUUUUUCCGGUUAUAAAACAUGCACAUACAUUUUUUUACGUGAAUACUGACAUAUUGGUCUAAUGUCCAUAACGUGUUUUUACAAUAAUUUUGGCACGACACUUUCAUGACACCUAAACCAAAUGCAACAAUUUCUGCAUUCUCGAAUGUAAAGUUGUGUCCGCAUGGUGGCUUACUUCAGUUACUGCUAUCUACGUGACGCUGUCAGCAUUGACACUCGGCAGUUUCAACUCUCUCCGAUUGUGCCACUCACCCAUUUCACAAAUCAUCUCUGACUUUCAUGACAUCAUUAAUAUGCACAAACUGUCAACGCUCGCAUGCACGAUUCGUGAUCCAAACUUGUGAAAUCGUUUAUACCACAUGUGACAGCUGUCUGGGAAAGAAAGGAAGUUUUUUUUACUUCCCAUUUGGCAUGUGAAAAACGAUGACAGCUGUACUGCUCUUGCCUUAGGAUGGUAGUUUGUGAUUUUAUUAUCUGUGCCCUGUGGACACAGGAUGGAAGUGAUGAUCUUUCUGUUACAGUGGAAAUACUUAUAGAUUUAUUUUGGUGAUGUUACAGGGUUAGUGUGAAUAAACCACUCGCUUUAAUCGCCAUUGUCAUCGAUAUCUGUAGAUAAAAGUUCACGAGAGGUUGCAAUUGACAUGCGGAGAUCAUCAGACUCUUUAGAGUUAGUGUGCAUCAUAUCAAUUCAGCCAAAUUUUAUAAUUUGAACACAUUGCAUUAAGUGAUUACAACCACUAAACCAGUGAUUACAGACACGUGGCCGGUUAUAUUUAAUUUAAAGCACUUAUCAAUAAAAUAUAUUGUCUCUGUGCGAGUGGGUAUUUACAGCCCCUUUACAGAUUCACUCGGUUUGCUGUCAGUGGGUGUCGGCUUCCGAUACAUUUUAAGCCUGCGGUAUUGAAAUGUCAGGUAUGAUUUAGAAACGAGCAACUGCUCUAAAGGUCUGUACAUCAAACUGCAUUAACAAGAUAAGCUUGGUAAAAAAAAAGUAUUUGGCUGGAUAAAACAAAAUGUACAAUAAUUCAUUCAAAUGUGUUUUCUUGCUUGCAACAAUGAAUCUUGUGAUUGUGAUUACGGUUGGUUUUGAAUAUUAAGCACAGCUUAUUUUGUGCUCAAAGGUGUUUUCUAUAAUGUUUUAUGGCACACAUCAAUAUUUAUUAUUUGCAAGUGAAUGUAAAUGUCUAAUUUUCCACGGAAAAUUAUGUGACUGAACGAUAAUGUAUGCUGUUUAUUAUUGUUAUCAAUGGGGAAUAUCACCAUUCAUUUCUUCUAAUCAAAUACUAUUUAGUUUUUUUAAGGUGUGCAAGUUCGUAUACUGUGGUAUUUUCCACUCGUAUCAUACAAAGGUGUAGCUUCGUGUCUUUUGUUAUAAACAAAUAAGCCAAGUGGUGUGGUCUGGUGGAAAAUUACAUAUUUGCUUCUGUAUGUAUAGUGGGAAUGUGCUUUUGUUUGUUUAUCUUAAACAAUUUAAAUCUAAAUGCACACACGUUAAGUAUAUUUGCUGUCUUUGGUGUUGCAGUGUUUUCAUGUUACCGAUGUACGUUGGGUCACGUGCUGUUAUUAAAUGUCUGUGUACAUACGAGUGGACUCUAAAUAAAGCACCUUCAAAACA